CUUCUUCUCAAAAAUGGCUACCAUGACAGCACCACCACCCGAGCAAAGAAUUGAAUAUACCAAAAAGGCGCGUCAUGGCCACAACCAGGACAUGACAGACGAGAAUAACAUCCGUCAAGUAGCAGGAUGUCUUCCAAUUGACCACCAAGCAAAACGGUUCUUAUUGAUUUCAUCACGCAAGAACGCUGAUGCAUGGGUGCUGCCUAAAGGUGGUUGGGAAAUCAACGAAACGAAAGAACAGGCUGCCCUUCGAGAGACAUGGGAAGAAGCAGGCGUCAAAGGCAUUAUAUACAAGCACAUUGGUGUCUUUGCGGACAAGACCAACAAAGGAAAAGUAAAGGCUCACCACUGGGUCUAUGAACUCGAAAUUCAAGAAGUAGCCAAGAAAUUCCCCGAGCGCAAGAAGCGCGAACGUCGUUGGUUCACUUAUGAAGAGGCACUCUUGGCAGCCCAGUCUCCUUUUAUCCGUGAAGCAAUUCGUAUGUCUAGCCUCAACCCUGCCAAUAGUCCCGAACCUUCUCCUAGAGUAUCUGACGAAAGUCAACCCACAUUAACUGGAACCCCCCCGCCCACAAUAAAGGCCAUACCCCGAAGCAACACAGAGAAUCGCAGAUCAUUUGGUGCCAAACUAAGAGCGCUGUUCAGUUAAAUAGAUAUCAAUAGAUCCCACAUUUGGUUUAAGCCGUAGCUGUAGCCGUCAACCACCGAAUGUUACAAGCACCAUUUUUUUAUUUAUUUAUUUAUAUAUAUAUAUAUAUACUUAUAUUCAUGUACACUCAUUCAGACAAAUUAUGUAUUCAAAGGGAACCUGGAUUUGGAAGGGCCAAUAUUAUCCAAAUUGCCUUGUUCCCUUUUUUACAACAACCAUACAAAAAUACAUUUUCACGCACCCACAUCCUCUACACAAAAUACACUCACAACACAUUGUAUACACCUAUACAUUCAUAUACUCAUGCCAUUUAAUGUCAUGUUCCUUUUUUUCUCUGGUCACAUCAUUUCAUUUCAUUUUUUUUUAAUAUAAAAUAAAUUAUUGGAUAUAAUUGAUAUUAGCUUUAUAUAGCUUAUAACAAGGCGCAAGUUUUGGUAUUGUAAA